UAUAUAUUGCGAGUUGCGAGCUUGGCAUCAACACGAAUUGUCAAAAGUUUAAAUCACAGGCGGUACUGUAUUACCGAUUAUUGUUUGUAACUUUAUUAUAUUUUGAAUUUUCGAAAAAUAUCGAGUGACAUAUAACGUGAAAUGGCAACGGAAAAAGAUUUAGUAAAUGCUGUGCGAGAAUCAUUAAAAGCCGACGGAGAUCUUGAUCGGAUGAAAGCAGAAAUGCGCACGGAAGUGAUAAAACUGCUUGAUGAUUCUACCAAAGAAAACAAAUCGAAAACUAUCAAGCCUUCUCAUGAUAUUGUUUUUCUUAAUGAACUCAUUAGAGAAUAUUUAGAUUGGAUGGGUUACAAAUAUAGUUCUACUGUAUUUAUUGCAGAAUGUGAUCUUCCAAAGCAUUCCUUGGACCGUAAACUUCUUGCACAAGGCUUAGGAGUAAAAGAUAGUGAAAAGAGCAGAAACUUACCAUUAUUAUGUGGCCUUGUACAAACAUUUACUAAUCUAAAAAAUAGCUAAUUGUAAAAUCUACUCAAGCAUAUAUUAUUCAACAUUCAACUGUGAUUUUUAAAUGCUAUUUAUUUCAUAUGUAUGUACAUACAAAAUCUCAUACUUUGAUGUCUUUUUAUAUAUACAAACAUGAAAACAUAUUUUGUGCACAAACUUGUAUGUAUACAGACGAUUAAACUUUGUAAUAAAUUAAGAGAAGUAAAAAAACAAAAA